AUGUCCUUUCGGAAUAUUAUACUACCCGCUCGAUGUUCAGCUGAAUCCUUGAACUUGCUUUCAGACUUGACCGUUGCCAAGUACGGGGCCUUUAGAAGGAUGACCGAGAAUGCAGCUGUGGCCAAUGAGGUGUCGGUGAAUGUAUCAGGUAAGGGUUUAUAGUGUUUUAUAUUUUUAGGUAACAAAUUUUUUAUCAAAGUAAAAAGCUGAAGAUGAAGCUGUCUACUUUGACACUAGUUGGCUUCUAGUGUGCCAAAUGUCUUGUGAUUAACAUGAACAAUCACUCAUAACACUCUUGAAUGUUAGAUUAUUCAUCCACACCAAAAUAUAAAUAGCAAGGUUUCUGAAUCUUAAUAUGAUACUUAAAACACCUUUUUUGACCUUUAAGUCUUUGUCAAUAAUUUGUGUCUGAAGGUAGGCCAGAUGAAAUUAAUGGUGUAUUGUUCUGUUUGAUUGCACAGCGGGCUUUUAACAUUAGAUAACGUUUGAAAUGCUCACUAAUACCUAAUCAUGAAGUUCGUUAAAUUUUUGUGCUCAGUCUUCAGAGGUAACUUUUGAUUUAUCAAUUGUAAUUUGUUGCUUCACACAUUUGAGUUUUGUGUUACAGUAGUUGGUCCUUUUUUAAAACUUUUUGUGAUUGUUACUUAAAACUUUAGGCUUAUUAUGAUAUUGUGAUUUAAGUAUACUGAAUCAUACUGAGAAGUGUAAUAAGAUUGAAAAGUUGUUUUAAAGGUUUCAGAGUCUGUUAGUAUGACACCUUUAUUUUGUCUAAGAUACGUAAUGAUUUUCGGAUAUUAUAGUAGAAGAACGGACACCAUUUGUACCAUCAAGUCCGAAUGGAUCUUCAAGUAACACAAAGAGUGAGCCAGAUGACACACAGAAGAAGACGGCCAGUCUGGUCUACUGGAUCUUCGUACUUCAUGGCAUUGGUACUCUUAUGCCGUGGAAUAUGUUCUUGACUAUUGCUCCAGAUGUAAGUUAAUGUUAUCUAUGCUUAUGACUGUAGCUAUGAAUGUGUUUUACGGUGAUGUAUCUUCAUUUAAAGUUUAUUAUUUAUUAUUUUUGAUAGAGUUUAUAUUUGUUUAUAUAAAAAUAAAUAUUAUUUUUAAUAAUUAUUAUACUUUUUGUUACAGUAUUUCAUGGGCUACAAAUUCCAUCCACUGAAUGUCACUGCUCCAGCACCCAAUUACUCACAGAACUUCUUCAGUUACCUUGGAGUCUGUUCGCAACUACCCAACUUGAUCUUGAACUGUUUGAACUUGUUUAUUGUUUUGAAAGCAGAUCUGAGUGUUCGUAUCAUCUACUCCUUGUUUGUUGUGGCUACAAUCUGCUUGACUACCAUCAUCUUUGUGUUUGUACCUACUCAUGAAUGUAAGUUUAGAUUCCUAUUGGCUUUUUAGGGCGAUUUGUUAAUUGUAUUAGCUUCUAAAGACGAUUUUGAGGAAAAACUUUAAAUUUAGGUAAUAUUAAUAGAUAUUUUCAAGAAAUUUUACAUUUAAUGACAUUUUUAGGUAAAGACAUGUUAUUUAAUAUAGUUUAAAAAAAGCCAUUUUCAGGGAUGUUCGGUUUCUUCCUCUUUACAAUGUUUACUGUAAUCAUCUUGAACAGUGCUAAUGGUGUAUAUCAGAACAGUAUUUAUGGUAUUUUGGCUGAUUUCCCAGCUCAUUUUACUAACGCCGUAGUAAUUGGUAACAACACUUGUGGUAUCUUCGUCACUUUGAUCUUGAUCUUCACUUUGUCUUUAAGCAGAAAUGUCAAACUGGUUGCAUUUGCAUACUUCUUGGUGGCAUUACUGACUGUUCUUCUGUGUUUGGCUACUUUCUUCUAUCUACCUAAACUGGUAAGUUAAAUGUUAUGUAUAUUAUUGCAGAGUUGGUUACUUUUGGGUUGCUUUAUGUAAUUAUGGUAAAAAUGUUGUGCAUGGUUUAAUAAUAUGUGUACAUAACAUAUUGUAUACAAUUAUUGUGCGUUGACUUGUUGCUUAUUGUAUUGGUUUUAGGGCUUCUACGAAUUCUAUGUCCAGAAGGCUAAAGCUUCCAGAUCUCAAGCUGAAUCCACAGAGAAAGGACUCAAGUUGGAUGACAUCAAAUUUGUAUUGAAACACGUAUGUUUUAAUUUUAUUUUAAAUAUUGUGCACUUCACCUCGUAAAGUAUUACACGAUAUACAUUACUAAAAAGCUGAUUUUAGGCAUGGGUUCAAAUGCUGAGCGUUUUCUUGACUUUCUUCGUCACUUUGGCCCUAUUCCCGGCUGUCAUUAACGCCGUCGACAUCACUCCAGAAGGCCAACAAUAUUCUUUCUUCAUCCCUAAGUACCUGUUCAGUCCCAUCGUCGUUUUCCUCAACUUCAACGUCUUUGCUACUGUGGGUAACAUUAUUGCCAACUAUAUCCAAGUCCCUGGUCAUAAACACCUGAUCUCGUUCACCAUUGCUAGACUAGCCUUCUUGCCCUUCUUCUGGUACUGUAACUACGGUGGAGUGAAGCGAUUGGGACCAGUUUACAUUGAGAACGAAUGGGUAUUUAUUGGCAUGAUCACUUUCAUGAGUCUGACUCACGGAUACUUCAGCUCAUUGUCAAUGAUGUAUGCACCCCGUGGAGUGCCAAACUCGGCGGCCAGAACUGCUGGCAUGAUGUCGGCCUUCUUCUUGGUACUCGGUAAGGACCUAACUUUAGUACUGCAUGCUAUAUCGAGUUUUUCAAUUUUUUAUAUUGGUUAUAUUAGGGAGAAGUUGGGUAAAAUACUGGCUUUAAAGACUGUUGUAAAUAACAUUUUAUAUUAAACUAAUUUUAAAAUUUCAGGUAUUGCAUGUGGAGUUGCGUUCACCUUUGGCGAAGCCUACAUCUUUGUCGCUCAGUAA